AUGACCGACCCCGAAGAGCGCUUGCGAGCCCGCGCGGAACUACUGAGCUACAUUGCGCGCGUGAAGAAAGAGAGAGGAGAGCCUGCCAGUGAACCUCACGUACCCAACGGAUAUACCAGCUAUGGUCCACGAGCCCCACCUAUCGCACCUUCUGGCACCCACAUAGGACAUGGAUACAGAGGAGGCUAUGGUCGCGGCAGAGGACGCGGAGGGCGCGCUGCUUACCAUCCGUACCAACGACCGCAACAGUUCCGAAAUAAGUCUGUCACCUUCAAUAAGCAAGAUCUGGCCGGAGAUGCACCUGAGAGCGAGAAGGCAGCACCGCUUACCACGGACGGUACCUACAUAAACCACGGCCCUCACCAGCACACCGAACCCCAGACCCCAUGUCCGCAGUUCACCAUGACAGGUAUCUGCAGCCGUCAUGGAUGUCGCUAUCUUCACGAUCCGGAGAAGCAAGCUAUCUGCAAGCCUUGGCUGUUUAAGGGCGAAUGCCCGAAGGGUGAUGCUUGUCUUCUUUCACACUCCCCCACACCCCACAACACGCCGAUGUGUAAGCACUUCCAGGACGGCCGUUGCAACAAGGACGACUGCCGAUUCUCCCACGUUCGGAUCAGCCCAGCGGCUCCGAAUUGCGAGGCAUUCGGGCUUGUGGGAUAUUGUGAGAAGGGUGCAGACUGCUCUGAGCUUCAUGCGCACGAGUGUCCACACUUUUCAAACACGGGUAGCUGCCGGUAUGGUGACAAGUGUCGACUAGGCCAUGUACAUCGCGCGUCUCGCAUGCGCAAAGCUACUCGCAAGUCUCCAGACGGAUUGUCUUCUCCAGAGGGCAGUUCCAGGCAGAACUCGAAUGAUGCUGAUGCUGAAACUUGGACUCCCGGCGCCACUCCGGAUCCCCAUCAGUUCACGCAGCAGUACGACUAUGUCUCCCUCGAUGCUGACGAUUGA